GCCUUUUUACAAAUCAAACGAGGCGCUUUAUCUUGACCUGAACUCUUCUUCUACAAGAGACAAAGCAGAAUGCGAAUCCGAUCUGUCACAGCGAGACUGAACCUGAAAUAACAGCACGUCUACAACGCAGACGGCGACAAACGCCCUGUGGGCUGCGUAGAGAAGCACGGCCGGUGUGUUGUUUAUAUCCCGGGCGGCCCGGCGCCGUGUCUUUGCUGCAAGCUCCGCCCGCCCGCCGCGCACCGCCCUGACUCCAGCGCCGCGCCGCCUCAUUCAAAACACAGCACAGCUGUUGCAGGGCGCAGCGCUGCUGCCCGAUCAAACACCGUCUUUCCGCCGUCCUCUGAUGCCCCCGCCGGAGUACCGGGAACUGGAAGAGAAAAGAGACGCACCUCGACAGGAGCCAGGCCCAGACACCGACAGGACUUGAUAGGCAGUGAGGGAGAGGAAUACCAAACAAUAGGCAACUUCACUUCUGGCAGUAUGCGCAUCUGACACAUAUCUGAGGGCCAGUCGGUCUUUCCUGCAGCUGAGGAUGAUGAAUGAUCUCCUGCGCUAAUGCUAGAUGCUGUGGGAAUGAUGGACCUCCCUAAUGGCCAAUCAAACACCACCCACAUCGCUGCAGUCUCUGAGAGCAGCAGCUCAGAAUCUCUCAGUGAUAAAGGAUCUUCGGAGCUGAAGAAGAGUUUUGAUGCUGUUGUGUUUGAUGUGUUGAAGGUCACUCCUGAAGAAUAUGCAGGCCAAAUUACACUCAUGGAUGCUCCUGUGUUCAAAGCCAUACAGCCAGAGGAGCUGUCAAGCUGUGGCUGGAACAAGAAGGAGAAGCACAGCUCUGCUCCAAAUGUUGUUGCCUUCACCCGCAGGUUCAACCAGACAAGUUUCUGGGUGGUACGAGAAAUCCUUCAUGCACAAACGUUGAAGAUCAGAGCUGAGGUGCUGAGUCUGUACAUUCGCACUGCUAAGAAAUUGUGUGACAUUAACAACCUCCAUGCAGUCAUGGCUGUGGUGUCGUCGUUACAAAGUGCUCCCAUUUUCCGGCUUACCAAAACAUGGGCGUUGUUGAGUCGAAAGGAUAAGGCAACGUUUGAUCGGCUCGACUACCUGAUGUCCAAAGAAGACAACUAUAAACGUCUGAGAGACUUCAUCAGCAGCCAGAGCAUGGUCUCUUGUAUACCAUACCUUGGGAUGUACUUGUCUGAUCUGACGUACAUAGACUCGGCCUACCCCUCCACCGGGAGCAUAUUGGAAAACGAGCAGAGAUCCAACCUAAUGAACAACAUUCUCAGAAUUAUAUCAGACCUGCAGAGAUCUUGUACCUACGACAUACCAGUGUUGCCUCACGUACAGAAGUAUUUGAACUCAGUCAGGUAUAUUGAGGAGCUGCAGAAGUUUGUGGAGGAUGAUAAUUACAAGUUGUCACAGAAGAUUGAACCAGGCACCAGCACACCACGAGCCAACGCCUCCAAAGAGGACCUCGCAGGCCAGGAAGCAUCAGCGUCUCCUCUCUGUGGUCGGAAGUGUUCAGCAGCAGAAGGAACCAAAAUCCCAGCCACGCCUCCGUCUCCCAGGAACCUGCUGCCCUAUGGACAUAGGAAGUGCCACAGCCUGGGCUACAAUUUUAUCCACAAGAUGAAUGCAGUCGAGUUUAAAAGUGCUACAUUCCCCAAUGCGGGUUCUCGCCAUCUUUUGGACGACAGCGUGUUGGAAAGCCACAGUCCCACCAGGGGCCAAGCAGAGAGCUCAACUCUGUCCAGUGGCAUUUCCCUCGGGAGCAGUGAGGGCUCGGAGCUCAGUGAAGAGAUGUCCUGGCCAGCUUUUGAGAGCAAAGAUAUGAAGACGCUUCAGCUUCCCCAGCAGCCUCAAGAGACUCGGUUCUAUCACUCUCUGGGCCCAGUGACCCGUGUGGCCCGCAUCCCGUACAGAGGAGUCCUGAGGCCCAGCAGCUCUGCUGAAUCAGAGGAACUUGCAGUUCACUUGUACCCAGGAGCAGUCACAGUGCAAGGCGUGUUGAGACGGAAGACUGUGCUCAAAGAGGGCAAGAAACCAACUGUGGCAUCUUGGACCAAAUACUGGGUGGCUCUCUGUGGAACCCAGCUUUACUACUACCCUGCCAAGUCCCUGAAGGCCACAGAGAGGAAACACUUUAAAUCCACAUCCAGCAAAAGCGUGUGUGUAGUCGGUCUCAUGGCCAUGAUGGCUGACGAUCCGGAGCAUCCUGACGUCUUCUUGCUGACAGACUCCGAACACGGUAACACCUACAAGUACCAGGCCGGGAACAGAAUGAACGCUUUGCUCUGGUUUAAACAUCUGAGUGCUGCAUGUCAAAGCAAUCGACAGCAGGUGCCAGCCAAUCUAAUGUCAUUUGAGUGACCGGUACUGAGGCUUGCGACUGAGCUAACAGGGGAGGGAUGACAAACCAGACAAGAGGAAGAGGAUGAGGAAGAGAGCCCACUCAGUAGUGGGAGCUUUCACUGCCAUGAGCCCUGACAGCCGAUUCUCCUAAUCUAGCCCCGGCCUCACUGCAGCCUCACCUGCCACCACUGCCUUAACCAGAGAUCCUUGUGUGCUUGUGUGUGAGAGAGCAAACGUGUGGAUGGUAUUGACUGUUUUGGAUGCAUUGACUACUGAACAAGGACCUGCACCACUGCUCCUGUCUCCCAUUUUCUUUGUCUUCAGUUGAGCAUUUCAGUGGAGCCGUUUUACUUGUCUUAGCACACAAACCAACUGUCCCUAUAGGUAAUUUCUUUCUUUUUUUUUGCUUAAGGGGGAAAAUAAUUUUUAUACAUACCCCUUUCCUUGCCCAAUUGUAAGAUGAAAUGUUUUUAUUCAGCUGGAAGCACACUCACAUCCCACGUAACCCAAUGGAGAUCAGAGGUUUGGAGAACACCUUCACUUUCACUCAUUACUUUCUUCACUCAAAUCACUCACAAGCUCACACACAUUUGAGGCUCUUUGAUUGCAUUGUUGUAAAUGUAAGGGCUCUGAACUGCAAUCAGGUCCAGAAGGAACAACUUUCACAUUUCCUGAAUGACUUCAAUUUUUCUUACAGAACUUCCCCCCUUUUUUGUGGAGUACUGAGUGUUUAGCGUGUGUUUGUUUGUGCAACUGUGUCGGGUUGGAUGAGGUGGAGGACUUAGUUUAAAUCAGAGCAGUCUUGUCUGUGCUUCACAUUGGUACGAUAAUCCCAGAAUCUAAGCUACAGUACAUUCACGGUUUAGCAGACCCUCAACCCGUUUCAGACCUGCGUUUCCAGUGUUUCUUUUUCCUUUUUAUUUUUUUUUUUUGGCUCUCCUUCACCUGACAUCUGCUGAGGUAGGCAAUGUUGGGCGUACUAGACUUGCACGUAGAAAAAACACUAAAGACUUAAAACUGUGAAAGAGUCCAAGAUAAAGAGCAACAAGAACUCAUAAUAUGUGAUUUAUUAUUUUAAUUUUUAUCUCCUCUGCUCUUUGUUACUUGUGGUUGGAGUUUCUGGAACAGACACUCAAAGCUAUCUGGAGCCAUACAAUCUAGUUUGUUUAUGUUGUUUUUGUUGUUUAGUUUUUCUCUUUUUUAUUCUUUUUUUUAGGAGGGAUUGGUGCAUUUCACAGUAUUACAGUGUAGUAGAUAAUUGCACAGCAAUGUAGGGUUGUCUGUUACAUUUGAAUGUUGUUUUUCUUCUAUUUUUUGAGCAUUUAUUUUGACUAUUUUAUUAACGUGUGAAUAUGUGUAUAUAUAUAUUUUUUCCCCUCAUACUAUUAAUCAGGUCAAAUUUUAGGCCCCUAAAAUAUGUGGAAAUUGCACAAGCCCCCCUGUAGUAAUAAAUGCCAAGUGAUGAUUGCAUCGCUGUUUUCCAUCAGAUUGACAAAGUGUUCAGAAAAAGGAUAUCUGCACUGUCACGGGCUAGUUUCAGUGGGAGGGAAAAAAAGUUUUUAAAAUUUCCCCUGUGGGUUGUAGAUGUGUCUGUGUGCUGCAAAAACAUGAUUGCUGUUUGCUUUUGUAAAAAAGAGAAGAAAAAAAAAAGGACCAGGAUGCUGGAAAGGACAAUUAAGAGGCCCACCUUGCCCAAUAAUAUUCAAACAUUGAAUCAACUUUUUUUGAACCACUGUUUACAUGGCAUGUUUACACAGUCUUUUACCUAAUCACAUCACUGAUUCACUUGUACUGUAGAAGUAGAACGUAUUCUGUAUAGAGUCAUUUGCCCAGCCUGGCAGUGGAGUAUGGAGACGGUUUCAGGCUGUUGAUGAAGGAUGGACGUAUCCAGUCUCACAGCACUGAUUUCUCUUCAGUCAGCUUUAGACUGUCCUCUUGCCUGGGCUCAUUUCCGGCUCAUAAAGACACCAAUGCUUUAAAUUCCCCUCAGCACAAUUUAUUGUACAAUCUAUCAAUUUAACUUGGUUUUAUUUAGGUAAAUCAUAAGUGAGUUACAGGAGAUGUUAACUAAUGGAGACAUUGUUGUAGAUAACCUGUGGAAGAAUGAAUGAGGAAGCCAAAGACGGGCUCUUGUAACGUGACAGUCGCUGCAACUGUGUGUGCAUCUGGGUGCCUGUGCACAUUCUCUAUUUUUUUAAAAGCCAUGUAAUUUAAGCCAGGUUAGGUAAACCCUUGAGUUGGCUUCGCUGCUGAGCAGUGGGAGAAGUGACCAGCUACCCGAUCAUCUGUGAAAGUAACUGCCAGCUCUUGCUACGACUCCACGCUGGGUUGAGUUGUACUGAAAGUGUGAAGAGAGGAGGACAUGCAUGCAGCAGAAACUGAACUCACCCGUCCGCACCGCCUGGGGAAAGGAGGAGGGAAUAACUGACUGGUUUUUGAUCUCUUCUGGUCACCUAAAGGGGACAAAAAGGGCUGUGAAGACACAGGCUAAAGUGGAUGAAACGGUUCAGAAUGACUGGUUGAGAGACUUUACCUGCGUUUAACCACAGAUGCUGGUUACUCUUUUUUUUUUUUUUUUUUUUCCCCAAUUUAUCAGAUCCUCUUAACCAGUCGUCAUUUGCAAAGUAUUGACUAUGUUUGCACAGUUGAGCAUGGAAUAAUGGAUGACUGGGGGCAGAAGUAGCUGGGAUGGAUAAAACUCCUAACAUGCAUCUUCCUCCUCACAUUUCUGUUCUUCGUGUUUUGCUUUAUUUGAUGUAAAUUGACAAUGAUGAAAGAAAAAGGUCAAUGAAAUGGCAACCUUUUUUAACUGAUUUGGUUAAUAGGGAUUCCCAAGUUUUGAGUUUUAUACCUAACCAGAGCAGAGAAGUGUUUUAGGGGCAUUUGUUGAAGGUUUGGUUGAAUUCAUUUGAGUUUAACUAUCUCUUUGACAUUUCCCAAGCCGUUACCUGAGUUUACAUAUACUUCUUCCUUAUUCUCUUCUGUACAGUUUAUGGUCAAAACAUUAUAGGUAAUUUCAGUAGUUUCCUGGAUUUUGAGCCAAAUCGCUACUAAUGUUGUUGCCCUUUUAUUUUUUUUGUUUAUUUGUUGUUGUUAAAGGGUGAGAGUGGAACCUUCAAGUGUUUGCCACUUUUUUUAUUUUUAUGAAGAAAUUUGAUUCCUUGCUGUAAAAUGACCUGUUCCAUUGGCCUGUGUAGUUUCCUUUAAACUGGCCACGGUGUCUGCAAAUGCACAAUUUGCCUAACUUUUCUGUGUCAACUGUAACGAGUGAAUCACCUUCUGAACUCAGUCUUUUUUUCUUUUUUUUUUUUUCAUUUUUCAAUGGCCAUGCCAAAAUAUUCAUGGGUACACAUGUAAGAGGGCAACCGGACGAAGUGUUACGUUGGUCUUUGAACCUGGCAUGGCCGUGCCUCCUGUGCACCGGUCAGGUAUCAUUCACUGUUAACCAAGGAUGGCAACAACAACGGCAGCCGUCUAUUUGAGUUGUUGAAGUGGAGGGAUAUGAUGUAUAAAUGACCUUCCCCCGGCUGUGUGUGUCUGCCUCUGCCUAUGUCAUGAUUGUGGCCAGCGCUGUGACCUCUCCUCUGAGUGAUGUGCUGCCUCGUGUGAAGACUGAACCAAUAAACACUCUGCCCUUUUUUUACUCCA